AUGAACAGUUGGUUCAGAGUUCAGACUCUGGUUGAUGACUUAAGUUCUGUUUUUGGAAUGAAAAAUAUUGGGAAGUUUGCUUGUUUUCUGGGAUUACAGAUUACUUAUAGUGACUCGAGGGAUAUCUUUGUUAGUCAGGAAAAAUAUGCUAGAGACUUAUUGCAGAAAUCUGGUCUGACCUCUUGCAGAGCUUGUCCUACACCGUGUAAACCACAUACACGGGUGUUGAAAGAAGAAGGUGAGGUCUUGUCAAAUCCUACUAUGUUUCGAAGUAUUGUAGGGGCUUUGCAAUAUUUGACAUUUACAAGAACAGAUAUAGCUUAUCUUGUGAAUACUGCCUAUCAAUAUAUGACUGCACCAACAGAUGUUCAUUUUCAUUUAAUCAAACGAAUAUUGAGAUAUGUUCAAGGCACUCCGAAGCAUGGUAUCAGUUUUACUACUGGCCCUUGGCACCUCACUGCAUAUAGUGAUGCAGAUUGGGCCGAGGACAUCAAUACCAUGAGAUCAACUACUGGGUUUGUAGUUUUCUUGAGUCACAAUCCUGAAUCUUGGCAAUCAAAGAAGCAGAGCUCAGUUUCUAGAAGUUCUACAGAAGCUGAGUAUCAAGCCUUGGCAAACAGUGCGGCAGAUCUCUUUUGGAUACAAUAG